UAAUAAAUUUGUAUACACUAAAACUUGUUAAGAUUAUUCAUCUUAUGUGUCUUAAUUUCAAACUCUCGUAUGGUUCUUCCACUACGGGAGUCUUUUUUUCUUAUAGUCUGUGUAUACCGUGUCUAGCGAUGUGUGCUCCCUUUAUGACUGCGAGUGUUGUACAACAUUAAGUUAGAAAUUUAUAUGAAGUGAAAAAUUCCUUUUAAGAUAUUUCUGUAGGUUAUGCAUCUUUCGAUGUAGCUUAAAAGGAGGUGUGUAGAAUUUCGAAACUCACCGUGUCCUGUGAUUGUGUUAUAAUAUAUGUAUUGUUUCUUGCAGGAUAAAUGGGGAAAAAAGAAAUUUUGCACUUAGCCAGGGUUUUCAUCAUCCAGUAGACAGACAGGUUUGAAACUCUUCAACUUUCCCAGGUAUUCAGCAUGGGCUGAGGUGUGGGCAGGAAGAGUUGGGAUAUCCUGUGCUAUUGAUUCUGCUAGAAUGGUGGACUAUAAAUUUUUGUGUAGCUGAACAGAUUUGCAGUUCCAUGUAGCUCAGAUUCUGCAGCACAAUCACUCCCACAACCUCCUGAUCAUCACACACCAUUCCAGGUAAGCGCUCUAUGCUUCUUUUAUGAAUGCAGCGGCUAAUAAUGAGGACUAGUUUUCAAAGCUGUCCCUGGAACCCAGUUGUAAUCAAACAAACGUCAUUGUCAUUAUUUAUUACUAUUGAAACUGUAUAUCAGUAUACAGGUCAUGGAUAAUUAAAAAAUGUUUGAAAAGCAGAACAUGCUUUCAGUAAUAUGAUUUAUGAGAGAAUGAGGUGGUAAAGACUUUACUAUGAGGAGUAAAGUAAUCAGUGAACAAAUUUUUUAUAGAGGCAGUGUGUUGUAAAGUAAUAUUUAUUUCCCAAUGCGAAGAAUUAUGUUAAUGCUCCAUGUACGGAAGCACACUAAUUUCGCAUUUUUCUUUUGUUCAUUGAGCACGGUGCUGCAGUGAAUACCUUGCAACAGCUGCACAUAUUGAGGAGGCUGACAAACUUUUUGAGAGUUUAAAUGGUGGAAUGCCUGUUGACCCUGGAGAGCACUGUGUUGCCCACUAAGCGAUAACAGUCCCCAGUAUAGAGCACUGGUUAUCCACUUCAGCAGGAUCAAUAUCAGGAUUCAGUGUGGUGAGCCACUGCAUAGAGAAUGCCAAAUCUCCCCAGAGAUGAGUCUCCACGGUUAUAACGAGGGCUCAUUGCAGAGCAGUGGCCGAGGCUAUAAGAAGGGUUGAAGGUAUUCGCCAAGUCAGUCGGAACCUAGGCACCACAGCUGAAGUCCAGCAUUGGCCGAGAAAGCAUAUACUACAAGUUUCAUAAUAGCUGGCCCAAUUGUGCACUCUGAAGAUAUCAGAGCACUGACUAUUAUUGAGCAUGGGUUUAUUGCAGUUGUGAGAGGCAAGAUUGUGUCAGUAUGCAGGAACACAGAGAAGCUGAUGCAGACUCAGCAAGAAUAUGGAAUUGAAGAUGUGAAUGUGUAUUAUCUUAAUGAGGGAGAAUUUGUAAUGCCAGGCUUUGUUGACACACACAUUCAUGCACCUCAGUAUCCAAAUGCUGGCUUAGGCUAUGACAAACAGCUGCUGGAUUGGCUUACAACAUACACUUUUCCUUUAGAAAAGAAGUACGUGGAUGUAGAUUUUGCCAUUGGGGUUUACGAGUCUGUUGUGAGAAAAACACUGGCAAGUGGAACCACAACGGCAACGUAUUUUGCAACAAUCCACUAUGAGAGCUCAUUAUUUUUGGCAGAUAUUGUGGAACGUCUGGGGCAACGUGCAUUCAUUGGAAAAGUGAAUAUGAACCACGGCACUCCAGAGGGAUAUGGGGAACAUAUAUAUGAUUCAUUUACCUGCACAGAGCAGUACAUCAGGAAUAUUCAGUGCAAGAGGAAUGAGCUUGUUCAGCCAAUUAUAACGCCAAGGUUUGCAUUAAAUUGUGACAUGCAGCUCAUGAUGCUUCUGGGUGAACUUGCUGCUAAGUAUAAUGUGCACAUUCAGACUCACAUUUCUGAGAGCACAGGCGAAGUUGCAGCAGUACAAAAACUCUACCCUCAAUGCAGAAACUAUGCUGAUGUGUAUGACAGAGCAGGAUUACUCACAAACAAGACAGUGUUGGCCCACGGCAUACACCUCAGUGAUGAUGAAUUGAAAGUUCUGGCCGCUCGAGGUACAUCCAUCUCACACUGCCCCAACUCAAACACUUCACUCAAGAGUGGCCUCUGUGAUGUUCGCAGAUUGCUGGACACUGGCAUCAAAGUUGGACUGGGAACGGAUGUCUCUGGUGGCUACAGCAUUUCCAUCCUGAAUGCUAUUCGGUCUGCACUACAAACCUCAACUCAUAUCUUUUUUAAAAAGCACCAGGGCAGUGGCUAUAUUCCUUUGUCUUAUCAUGAAGCAUUUUACCUUGCCACAUUAGGGGGAGCCAAAGCUCUUUCUGUGGAUGACAAGACUGGAAAUUUUAAAGUGGGGAAGGAUUUUGAUGCUUUGAUUGUUAACAUGAGGAAACCUGGACCUAUUGACAUCCUGGACAAGACAGAUAUAAAGGACCUGAUACAGAAGUUUCUGUACACUGGUGAUGAUCGCAACAUCAGCAAGGUGUAUGUUGCUGGGCGUCAAGUGAAAUAAUGUCUGGCUACUACUGAAGUACACUUUUAAUUCUGGGGCAAUACCUCUAACUAAGCUACAACACUUCUUACCACACCUUCCCCAAUUCAUUAUUUACUUAUGACCCUACCACUCAACAUUAUACAGCACUGUUAAGUAAAACAUAACUAAAUAAAUAAGUAAAGUACAGUGUGGUCACAAAUUAUGCAAAUCUGAAAUAGCGUGAUAUAAUAAACUCUCACUUUAUGUGCAAAUUUUGAAAUAAUGUGAAUCCCAAAAAAUUUGGCAACGAUCAAUUCCCAUGAGAAAACUCGUCUUGAAUUAUGCAAAGUCUUCAAGAAUGCAUAUUCGCAUAAAAUGAGACCACACUGUACAUUAUAAAAUGCUGAACAUUGAAAGGAUGACAUGGAAUUUGAACAAAAUGUUUCACAGGGUUCAAGUUAUCAUGGAGACAUGAAGAAAAAAGUUAUUUGUGUACAAUUCAGUUUUAAUAGCAAAAUAAUGCUAUGCAAGUUUUGCAUAUGGUUUUUAACUUCCCCUCAUUUAUUCAAACUAUUGUGAGAAGAAAGCUAGUGGUAGUCAAUAAAUAUACAACUAUGUAUGUAUACACAACAAUGUAGGUACAGCUUAUGUAAGUCUGUAUCAUAAUCUGACAAAUAUAAGGCCUUGCACUAUGUGAAUGUAAUUUUUUGUAUGUUAUAUGCAAUAAAGGCCACAACCCUGAGCUUCAGAAAUACUCUGGUUGACUUUCCUCUGCAAUUCAUGGCCAUAAUGAGGUGAUGCAUAAAUGGGUAAGUCUAUUCUAUCAAACAAUGCACACAUGAAAAAGCCCGUGACUCAAAAAACAGCACUGGGUGAAAAAGAAAAGAAAUCAAGUGCAACGUUUCAGAAUUGGCAGACAGACAUGCAUUGUAAGUCCAAUGUAGUAUGUACUACACUAUGACUAACCGUGGUUUCACAUGACACACAAAAUCUACACUUGUGCAGCCAUCAAUGAUGCAAAGUUGGUGUAAAGGUACUUGAUAAAAGGUGAGUCAGAACCUGAUAUAUUUUGGGUAAACAUAUUGUACUACUGUACUUCUUACAUCAAGUGUGAUUAGCAAUCUUUUCACAAGAAUGCUGCCAUUGGAGGCACAUGACUGGCCAUACAUGGGACAAAAACAAAUUAAGCAUUCCAUAUUAACAGUCAGCUAUUCAGUCCUUGCAGCUCUGAACAAAACACCUCUAUGCCCAUAACAAUUAUGUGAGUUGUUGAAGUCUUGUACAUUUUAGAUUUAAGACCAGAGUUAAAAAUUAAGUCUCUGUAUGUGCAUAUGUGUGUGUGUGUGUGUGUGUGUGAAAGAACCACGAAAAAAACGUUAUUCUGAACUUUCA